GCUCUUUCCUAGUUAAAUUCUCUCAGCCAUUUUUACAAAACCAGACGCCUCUCUCUCUCUCUCUCUUGAGUAUAUAUAUCUCCUCCUCCACAAACACUCUUCAUUGAUCACUCUCUCUCCCUCUCUCCAAAUCCCAAAGACAUGGUGGUUUUAUCAAAGGCAGUUGAUAGUGACUUCCAAACAUGCAAAUCCAGCUCCGACAUUUUCACCGGAAUCCCAGUGGUGGAUUUCUCAGAUGCCAUUAACGCAAAGAAGCUGAUCGUGGAAGCCUGCAAAGAAUUCGGAUUCUUUAAGGUCAUCAACCACGGAAUCUCAAUGGAGGUGGUGGCCAUGUUAGAAUCCGAGGCUGUCAACUUCUUCGCACUGCCGCAACAAGAAAAGGAGAAGCCGGGCCCUCCCAGGCCGUUCGGCUACGGCAACACCAGAAUCGGGCCCAACGGCGACACGGGCUGGCUCGAGUACCUCCUCCUCUCCACCGACCCGCAACCCCAUUUCCCCGCCAUUUCACAAACCGUGCUGGGCGAGUAUGUCUCUGCUGUCAGAAACAUGUUGACCGGAGUUCUGGACAUGAUUUCCGAGGAACUGAGAAUCGGGCCGACGGAUUUCUUGGGCGGGCUGAUCGGAGACGAGAAGAGCGAUUCGUGUUUCCGGCUGAACCACUACCCGCCGUGCCCGGAUCUUGAGGCAUUGAGCGGCCGGAAUUUGAUCGGAUUUGGUGAGCACACAGACCCUCAAAUAAUGUCUGUUUUGAGAUCUUCCGACGCGCCGGGCCUCGAAAUCUGUCUGAAAAAUGGUUCCUGGGCUUCUGUCCCAUCUGAUCAGACCUCCUUCUACUUCAGCGUUGGAGAUUGUCUGCAGGUGAUGAGCAAUGGAAGAUUUAAGAGUGUGAAGCACCGAGUGGUGAGUAACUGCCUGAAAUCAAGGCUGUCAAUGGUAUAUUUUGGAGGGCCACCAUUGAGUCAAAAGAUACGCUCAUUAAUAAUGGAGGAAAGUGAAGAAAGUUUGUACCACGAAUUCACUUGGUCUCAAUACAAGAAAUCAGCUUACAACUCAAAGUUGGGUGAUAAUAGGUUGAAGCUUUUUGAGAAAAAUCAAGUCAUGUUUUCUUAAUUUAUCUUAAACUAGGAAACUAUAUAUAUAUAAGCAUUAUUGGCAAAGAGUAAGACUUUCCAUAGAUGGCAAUGACUAGCCUUCCUUAAUUUUAGUUUCAAAUUGAAUUCUCUGUACUACAGUUUGGUGUUGCAUGUACUUAAAUAAGGAAUAGGUGUGCUACUGCUAGCUGGUCGAUAAUAUUGUUUAUAUAUUUUAUAUAUAUAUGAUAGAAUGUGGUUCUA